AUGGUUGCGAUCGGAACGCAGCUACAGGACGUGGCAUAUAAUCUUCCCGGGGCCAUCGAAGAAUACGACGAACAACAGAAAAAUGACGUUUUUGGAGUAUUAGUGAAGAAGUUAAACGAUCAUUUUUCUCCCGAACAGAAUUCGACUUUUGAACGUCACGUGUUUAGAACUAUUAAAACGGAAGGGGGAGAAACCUUUAAUAAAUUCUUGUUAAGAGUAAGACAACAAUCGGCAAAAUGUUCAUUUGGGACUUCCAAAAACGAAGCCAUAGAUAUCAACUUAAAAGACAAGUUGAUCGACUCAUGGGCAUCGGCGGAACUUAAGAAGAAAUUAUUGGAGAAAGAGAGGUCUUUAGAUGAAGUCAUAGAAUUAUGUCGGGUACAUGAGGAAAUAAGCACACAAUCCACAGUAAUGAACCAAGUUAACUCAGAACCAGGUCCGUCGUACGGUCACAUUAAUAAGGUGGAGAUAAAGGGAAGGCAAAGUAAUGAAUGCGCAAGAUGUGGAAGAACCGAUCACAAGACACAAGAUGUCGGUUGCCCCGCACGGAAAGUUAAGUGUCACCGCUGGAAUACGAAGAGAUGGCGAAAUGCAGUAAAUCGAGUGGAUGAGGAUGAUCAUCUAUCACAAGAGCGCGAAGAGGAUCGGGAAGUAGAAAUCGAGAGGUUUGAUUGUUUUAAGGUAGGCAAUGGUCGAGUGGUAGAUAAUUCAGCAGGCAAAGAUGGACUAAUUGAAUACAUCGUGGGAGGUGUUAAAAUAACCAUGCUCAUCGAUUCCGGGUCAAAAGUGAACGUUAUAAACGGCACAGAUUGGAAAACGUUGACGCGAAAUAAAACUGUAGUCUGGGAAUUGAGCCUAAAUAGUGAGAAAACGUUGAAACCUUACGCUUCUGGAACGUUACGAGUCGAUCACAAAUUUCGGUCCACAAUCACAGUGGGAACCAGGCAAGAAAUAAUUGCGGAUUUCUUUGUUAUCGAAGGAGGAGACGUAUCUCUAGUAGGAAAAGACACGUACCGCUCUUCGACUGGGAAUACUGAAGAUGGGUUUGGACGUAAAUGCAUUAGUGGAAAACACGUCGUUUCCGAAAAUCAAGAACGUGUACCCAUCACGGUGGAAGAAGCAGUAGAACGGAAAUUGGACGAGACUUUACGUAAAGGAAUAAUUGAGAAGGUACGUGAACCUAGCGAAUGGGUGUCCCCAAUAGUAGUAAUUUUCAAGCCGGGUGGCGACAUCCGUAUUUGUAUUGAUGUGCGGAGGGUGGAAUUAGAUGAAGAAAGUCGUCCCAUAACGACAUUUAUUACACAUAAGGGAAUGUUUAGAUAUACACGUUUGUUGUUUGGGGUCAAGUCGGCUCCAGAAAUUUUUCAGCGUAUUAUUGAGGCCAUAUUGGCAGAGUGUGAAGGAUGUUUAAACUACAUAGAUGACAUUAUUGUUUACGGAGGUACCGAGGAAGAGCAUGACAUAAAUCUGUCAAAGGUGCUGAAAACAUUAAAGGAAAAUAACGCCGUUCUUAAUGACAACAAAUGUUUAUUCAAAGUCCAAAACUUGGAGUUUUUAGGCCACAAGCUGUCAGUAAAUGGAAUCGAGGCAGCAGACAGUAAAGUGAAAACUAUCCUUGAAUUUCGAUCCCCAAAUACUAAGGGAGAAGUCAGGAGUUUUCUGGGUCUUGUGACGUAUAUGGGGAAAUUUAUUCCUGAUCUUGGUAGCAUCACGGAUUCACUGAGACAACUCAUAAAGCAAGAUGUCAAAUUCAUUUGGACAUCGACGCAUCAAAAGGCUUUCGACAAGUUAAAACGAAUGUUGGCUAAACCACCGGCGCUGGGUUAUUUCGAUCCGAAGCGACGAACACGGCUAGUAGCUGACGCCAGUCCAGUGGCAUUGGGUGCAGUACUAAUUCAGUUUGACGAUCAGGAAGUACCUAAAAUUAUAUCUUUCGCCAGCAAAAGUUUAUCUAUUGUGGAAAGAAAGUAUUCGCAAACCGAGAAGGAGAGCCUGGCAUUGGUUUGGGCGGUAGAACGUUUCUACUUCUAUUUAGCCGGAUUAUACUUCGAACUAGAGACGGAUCAUAAACCCCUAGAAGUAAUUUUCAAACCGUCCUCAAAGCCGGCCGCCAGGAUUGAACGGUGGGUACUACGCUUACAAGCGUUCAAAUUCAAAAUCAUUUAUCGACCUGGGAAACAAAACAUCGCAGACUGUGUGUCUCGGCUGUGCCCAUCUUAUUCCAAAGAACCUAUCGAUAUUGGGAGCGAAUACCAUAUAUAUACCGUCAUAGAGGCGGCAACACCAAAAGCGGUGACCAUUUCACAGAUAUUUAACGAAAGCAAAAACGAUGAACACCUAAAAGAUGCAAUAAACAAAAUCGAGAAUGAAGCAUGGGAAUCAGCGGACGCAAGUCCAUAUUAUCCUUUCCGAUUUGAGCUGACAAAUAGCGGUCCCAUUCUUUUGCGAGGAAAUCGCAUUAUCAUACCUAACACCCUUAGACAACAGAUUUUGAAGUUGGCUCACGAGGGCCACCCGGGAAAAACAGCUAUGAAACGACGAUUACGGGCAAAAGUGUGGUGGCCACAAAUUGAUCGAGAAGCUGAGAAAAUGGAUUUGGAGGACGGUUCGACUAACACAGAAGUUAGCACGUCCCUCGAGCCAUCUGAAAUCCCGACGGUAGUGAAUGCACUCAGAUUGGAAAGAAAGGGAGGAAUGUGGAGACCCGCAGUGGAUGCGGAUCGGAACGAGAAAGAAGAGUAG